AUGAAGUUCACAACGCUUGCUGCCCUUGUUGGGUCUGCCGUGGCUGCUCCCGCCAGUGAGCUCGAGAAGCGUGCUACGCCUCUGAACUACGUUCAGAACUACAAUGGCAAUCUUGCCAACUUCCAGUACAGUCUAUCCACGGGCCAUUACACCGCCAGCUGGAACAACCCCGGCGACUUCGUGAUCGGUUUGGGCUGGCAGACUGGGUCUGCCAGGGCCAUCUCCUUCUCCGGCACCUACACAACCAGCUCCAGCUCUUACUACACAGUCUACGGCUGGCUGAACAGCCCGUUGACAGAGUACUACAUCGUCGAGGACUACAGCUACGACCCAUGUAGCACCAGCGGCACAUCGAGCUGCGGUUCCGUGACCUCAGAUGGCUCGACCUACAAGAUCUGCACGCACACCCAGGUCAAUCAGCCCUCGAUCCAGGGCACGUCGACCUUUGGCCAAUUCUUCUCCGUGCGCGCCUCCAAGCGCACGAGCGGCACCGUUACGACCGCCAACCAUUUCGCCGCUUGGCAAAAGUGUGGCUUCGGCAACAGCAACUUCAACUUCCAGGUCUUUGCCGUCGAAGCCUUUGGUGGUACUGGCAGUGCUGCAGUCACUGUCUCUGAGGGCACUGGUAGCACCGGCGGGACCACAACCUCCGCAUCGUCUCCACCACCGUCUUCGACCCGUGCAAGCACCCCUCCGGCUUCGUCCACGUCUGCACCUCCUCCAAGCGGUUCUUGCUCCGCGAACUUCGGGCAAUGUGGUGGUCAAGGCUGGACUGGCCCUACCUGCUGCGUUUCCGGCACGACUUGUCACAAUUACGGCCAGUAUUACUCGCAAUGCUUGACUUAG